CAUCAGAUGAACGCAGCUGGAUACAGCGAGGAAGAGCAGAAGAUCAAUCAGACCACGGAGGAUGUUUCGCAUUCGGCGCAGGGGCACAAGGCGAAUAUCAGCAACCCUAACACGAGCGAGAAGUCGAAGAAGCAUUCGAAGGAAGAACUGGAGAAGUUGGGAGGUGAAGCUGCUUUUUAUGGAAAGCAGGGACUCGGCGAGUAGGCAUACAUUGAACGAGGAGUGAGGAGAGUUGCAUUUCUAAGAUCAAAUUGAUAACAUGCUUUCAACGUUUUGAUAGGAGGUCAUUAUGCAGACUAUGCAGAG